UUUAAUACAUCUUGUUUCAUGAUCUGUUUGUUUGCCUAGAAAAAAGAAAGGAUCUUUUUUGUGGGAUUUUGUUAAAAAUUUAUCAUAUGUAUUUGUUUUGAUUGAGUGAGAAAGUUUGCUCCUUUUACACUUCAAGUUAAUUGUUUGGUACGUGGAAAAGAAACAUUUCUGAAUUUGCAUGGAAAUGGUGAAGUUUUGGGAGUUUCUAGACAAUAUGUCCAUGGAGACUUUAAAGAGGAAAAAAAAUUAGUAGUUUAUCUUUUUAUUUCUGCGAAAUAUGUUCCAAAACAGUUGAGAUUUUUCUAUUGCGAAGCUUGAUGAAUUUUUUUAUGCCAAUCCUGCUAUCUUGAUUAAAUCAUAUAACUGGUUGGUAAAUGCUAAGACAUAUGGGGUCUUAGGCUUGUUGCCAAAUUGUUGGAUUCUUGUUUAAUAUGGUCUUCAUUUGGAUCUUAAAGUUAUUUCCACUGUUUUUACGGUUAAGUUUUUAAAUAUCGUAUCAUAUUAACUCAUAGAAGGUUUGCCCCUAGAUAGAGAAAAUUGGAGAAAAGGGGUCCAUAGAUCUGAGCCCAACAAGUGUAUAAUUGAGAUUUUGCCUAGUUGAGUAUACAUAACGUAGAUAUUUGCUUAUAUAAUUUCAUGGACAUAGAAUCUAAUUGGAUUAGGAUUUCUUGAUGUCAAUUUUUAGUUGUUCCUUGCAAUGAUUGAAGUUGAUUAUUCUGAUAUUGUGUAAAUUUAUGGAGUUAUUAUAUUGGUCUAGUAAUAUACAAAGGAACAACCUGGAAGUGAACUAUUGAGGAAGGGGUACUUUUUAAUUACUGUUUAUGUUGCGAAGAAUGAACAAAUGGCUGUGUGUAGGCUCAGUCAGGGUUAUAUUAUGGGCAAGAGGUUGGAAAUGGAACAAGCAUUGGACCAUCAAGGGUACUCCCAGACCAUGCCAGUCUAUUUGUAAAGGGAUUGGCUCAAAAAGGCUCUCCCCCAUGGCGAGACGAUGACAAAGAUGGACAUUACAUGUUUGCUCUCGGGGAGAAUUUAACCUCUCGCUAUAAGAUCCAGAGGAAACUUGGUGAAGUUCUAUAGGCACAUUCUGUCAGGUCUUGGAAUGUUGGGAUAGGGAAAAUAGAGAGAUGGUUGCCAUAAAAGUUGUGCGAAGUACAAAGAAGUAUCGUGAAGCAGCAAUGUUGGAAAUCAAUGUGCUCCACUUGCUUGGAAAGUAUGAUAGAAAUGGCAGUCGUUGUGUUCAAAUACGAAACUGGUUUGAUUACCGUAACCAUAUAUGUAUUGUAUUUGAGAUGCUUGGACCAAGCUUGUAUGAUUUUCUUCGAAAAAAUAAUUAUCGCCCAUUUCCGGUUGAUCUUGUCCGCGAGCUUGGCAGACAACUCCUGGAAUGUGUAGCAUUCAUGCAUGAUUUGCGCCUCAUUCAUACUGACUUGAAGCCGGAGAACAUCCUUUUUGUGUCUCCUGAAUAUAUUAAAAUACCAGACUACAAGGUCCCAUCAAUCUCUCCUGCUGAGGCGACCUAUUACAAGAGGUUGCCAAAGUCAAGUGCUAUUAAGGUUAUUGAUUUUGGCAGUGCAGCCUAUGGGCAUCAUGAGCACAAUUAUAUUGUCUCCACCCGGCAUUACCGUGCGCCUGAGGUUAUUCUAGGGCUUGGAUGGAGCUACCCAUGUGAUAUGUGGAGUGUUGGCUGUAUCUUGGUUGAACUUUGCUCAGGAGAAGCAUUGUUUCAGACUCAUGAGAACUUAGAGCACUUGGCCAUGAUGGAGAGGGUUUUGGGACCAUUGCCUCAGCACAUGUUGAGAAGAGCAGAUCGACAUGCGGAGAAGUAUGUUAGAAAGGGUAGGUUGGACUGGCCGGAUGCUGCAACCUCGCGGGAAAGCAUCAAAGCUGUCAUGAAGCUACCACGUCUUCAGAAUAUAGUAAUGCUGCAUGUUGAUCACUCCGCUGGUGAUAUCAUUGAUCUCUUGCAAGGUCUCCUUAGAUAUGACCCCUCCAACAGAUUAACGGCUCAUGAGGCCCUUAGGCAUCCUUUCUUUACAAGGGAUCAUUACAGGAGAUUUUAGACAGAUGAGUUUGAUAUUUGCUGACAGUGGAAUGAUUUAUUUGGUCAUUUGGUAAUGAGUUAAACUGGCUGGUUUGGCUUCCUGGAUUGUUUUCUUUUACAGUAUUAUCAAUAUAUUUCUUGUUGAUGGUGAAGGGUUCAAGAGGGCUAGCAAGGAUUUUGAGGCAUUUUGUAGUUUUCAUCAUGUUGAGUAUUUGUAAAUAACCUGUUGUAAGGAGAAGUUUCUCCUUCUCCAUUCUUAUGAUAUGAUUACUGUUACAAUAGUCUCUCACUCA